AUGCAUUUCUCACACGCCAUUCUUUUUCUGGCUUCUGCCCUUCCAGCUGUGGUGCUCGCCGACACCACAGGAAGUCGAAUCGCGGUCCCAAUCGCAGCCGGUCCGGGAAACACCAAGCGCAGCUUCUCGCCAUUGCUCCGCAUGCUUCGCAGAGACGACCCUCAACCUGCGUCUUGCACAGCUCCUGACGAUACUCCAUGCCUUCCAAAGGGUGUUGCACCUCACACGCCCCACACCUGCAACAUUCCGCUCACGAACUCUCCCGCUUACAUCGGACUUGACGCGGUCCGCCGUAACGGGUAUCCUUCUUGCAGCUCCUCAAAUACCUGCUCAUGCUCUGCCAUCGGUGUGCCGCAUGAUGUUCUCAUCGAGAUCUGCAGAGAAAUCAUCUCACGCCAGGAUCCCUCGCUCCACGUCGUCGACGCUUGCGCAAGCGGUCCCACUGGUGAGGACGGUCACUGCGACCUGGCAGGCCCAACUUACCCGGACUUCUCGGGCACCGACGUCACGGUGUACAACGGCUGGGUGUGCAAGAACGGAAAAUAUGUUGGCGAGCACACGCCUUCUGGGCCUCCUUCCUGA